GAUACAAAGUAAUAUUUAUUUGCGUGCUGCUGUCUCUGGUACAAUUUCCUAAAAUCACAAGUUCGCCUCUCAGCAGGCGCCUAUUAAUUACGCUCAAAAACCGAGUAGAAGACGUCUGGCACACAGUGACAUUCAAAUGAAAGAGAACGCUCGCAACAGAGCUCGCAAUGGCCCAGAUCCGACCUGCCAGGCUUCGCGAUGUGACGGCACUAAUGGACGACAAUCCAACGCCGACAGGCUUUUUCGCUGGCCUCGUCGCAGAUGCAUUUUUUACGUUUCAGACAGCCUUCGACGCCAGGUGCACACCGGCCGCGCUCAUCACGUCGCCGCUACGACAGGGAUCCCUAGUGUUCUUCUUGGGAAGCAGUGUUUUGGGGCAUAUUACAUCCGGGAGUUUAUGAAAAUCUUCGACCUCUCAUUGGCCGCAAUGCCGGGGAUAGAAAGAAAAACAUAACUCUUUGCUUGCGACCGUCGUGUGAGCUUGUCUUUCAUUGGGCGAUCACCAAUAAAUGACAAUUGUCAUUUACUGGUUUCGUGCGUUCAUUAUGUGAUUUGUGCGUGUCACUCUCAAUAACUAAGACCGACAAGCCUUCAAAUCAGACACAAGUGAAAGACAUUCGAGGCCCCAUAUGAGUCCUGGGGGUGAAGCAUGCCAGGUCUUGGCUCCAGAUGGUGGCUGGGAGCAGCGCUGGUGAUAUGAGAGGGUGACCAGCCACGGUGCCUUAUGGCCGAAUACCAGCUCCUGGGUGGGGAUGGCUAUGGCCAGGGCAUGGAGGAUGGCUCGGGCUCCUUAGCGGGCUACGGGGCAGCUUCCCAGGACCUGGUCUCCCCCUUGAUGGUGGCCAACCCAAUGGGGAGCAGUGCACCAAGUACCAGCCAGAUGGCACCCUAUGGUCAGAUGCACCCAGGCUACCCGCAGCCAGCUGACCAGAAGAUGCACUAUGGGGCCUACAGUGCUGGCCACGUGGCACCUGAGUAUGGCACACGAGUGCAUCCCAUGGGGGAGCAGCAGUCUGCGAUGAUGGGUGGCUAUUCGCAACAGUCCAUGGCUGGGCAGCGCAUGCAAACUUCUGACCAGUACCCCUAUGGCACUAUGGGAGCCACACAGCACUCUCAAGACAUGUGGAGAGGACAUUACAUGAACUCUGGAACUGGCUACCAGCAGCAGCUCACAACUGAUAUGGGUGCUCAGCACACUAUGGCUGCAGGUGUCGGCAGCCAGCAUCACAGGACUGGCCAGGGUCAGUAUGGUCCAAGUCAGGACUACACACUGCACACGCCACAGCAACAUGGCUCUCCACAAAGGCCCUCUUAUGGUACACAGGGCAAUGGCCCCCAUGUGGCACAGCUGGCAAACAAGGCAGCAGCAACCACAACAACACACAUGGCAGAUCAGGCCAUGGCAUCAUAUCCGCAAACAACUUAUCCAUCAGCUCAAGCAGGAACCAGUAGAGCCACAUAUGGCACUGCGGGUACGAUAAGCCACUCUGCAGUGGGCCAGAGUUUGCCCCAGGCAAGGACGCUUCAGCGUGCUGGAGGUUAUGCCACCAGUGGCAGCAGCAACCAGGCACCACUGCCCCAGGGCAGCCCUGCUCGUAUGCAGCAAUACCCACAGUCAGCAUAUUCACCAGGGCACCCUUUUCCUGCUUCUGAUGCCACCAGUCCAUCACACCUCUCUCCAUACCCCACACAAGCACCCAACAGCCCACAGUAUCGAGGCUCUUAUCCUUCGCCACGUCGCCCCACCACCACGCCGCCGGCAGGAUCCCCUAGUGUUGUGACCAGCCAGCAGUCGUCCUCGCAGGGCAGCUACCCAAGCCCAGGGGCCACUCACCUUUCUAGUCCUGGGCAGGUGCUGUCCCCGGGCAGUGGGGCCACUGCCUCAGCUGCCCCCGUGGCAUCCAGCAGUCUUCAGCAGCUUGAGCAAAUGGUGAUGCCUCACAUGGCUACUGCUAAGCCGCCUUCUGCCACCACUAGUUCAACAGGCAGUUAUUACGGUGGAGCAGUGCAGCAGUCGUAUGGGCCGGCUCAGACACAGCAAGGCUUGGGUUAUGGAGGAAUGCCUUCCACUGCCCAACACCAUGCAUAUCCAGGCCCAAAUCUUAUGACUCGCGCUCGGCCACUCGCGGGUGCACCGGAGGCCUCGUCAUUUGGCACAAGUGAAGUGGGACCUAUGACUGCCAAUUCGUCUUUGCCUGCACGCAGUGAUUACCCUAUGGGUGCUGCAGGUCCUGCACGAACAGCACCUGUGUCUCCAGCCUCAUAUGCUGCCUAUCCACAGCAGCAGCCCGUCUCCUCUCUUGGCUAUGAGCAGGCACAGCAGCAACUGCAACACUUGUACAGUGUGCCUCAGACAGCCCAGACGCAGAAACGGAUAUCGGAGCUCCAGGAGAGGCUGCGCAUUCUUCAGCAACAGCAGCAGCAGCAACAGCAGCAGCAGUCUGCACUUCCUUCGGCUUCUGCAUCAGCUGCCUCGGUGCCAGGAAUGGGAGGUGCUUUGGGAAGCACGUUGGGUCCCAUGGGUUCCCCAUCUUCGUUGGGUGCAUACCCUACGCAGUAUUCUCAGGGAGCUGGCACUGGUGUGCCUACUGCAUCUGCUCCAUACACUCAGCCGAGGCAGCAAAUGCCUCCAGCAGCUUCUGCACAGCAGCCUCAGCAGCUUCCUGCACAGCAGCAACCACAUCCUCAGCUCCCACCAUAUGGUCCACAGGCUCAGCAGCAGCUUAUGCAGAACUCCCAGUUGCAGCCACAACCAUUACCAUCACAGUCCUUACAGCCACAGCCUCUGCAACCUCAGUCAUUGCAAUCCCAAAGUUUGCAACCCCCGACUUUACAGCCCCAGGCUCUACCCCCUCAAGGAUUGCAACCUCAAGUGAUGCCGCCUCAAGGCUUGCAGCCGCAGACGUUGCAACCACAAGGCCUACAGCCCCAGGGUCUGCAACCACAAAGCUUGCAGUCGCAGCAGCAGGCAUCAGCUUCUGUUGGCAUGGUGGCUGCUUCUUCAGCAUCAUCAGUCCCUCCACCUAGCCCCACUGUGUCUACAUUGUUUCCCAGCAUGGCAGACAGCUACCGACCUCCGAGCCAGCCUCCUUCACUGCCCACACCCAUGAUCUCUGAUCAGGACCUGCAAAGUUCACUGCCUCCACUGCCUUUGGCGGGUGUUCCAAGCGUGGUGCCAGCUUCUGUGGAUGAUCUUUGCCCUCUGGAGGGUCCCCUAAGCAGUUCUCUGGAUGGGCCGUACACAUGCCCAUUACCCCCUGAGGACCCUUACCUCCUGCCACCUGAUGACGUGCUGCCUCCUAUUGAGCCUAUGACCAAGCGCAAGCCCAGCCGGAGCAAAAAGAAGGCCAAGACGUCUCAGGAAAUGCCCCCUCUGGGCUUGGGGCCUGGGGAGGCCCUCAUGCCUUCUGACUUCAUGAUGCCUCCAGAGAGCCCAGGUGGCAUGCCCCUGCUCCUUCCACAGCCACCUGGUAUGGAGGUUCCACCUCCUCCUCCUGUAAAAAAGAGCAAGAAACGCAAACCCAAGGAGCCCAAAGAAGGAGAGCCUCCCAAGGAGCCCAAGCCUAAGAAGCCGAAAAAGCCCAAGGCUCCCAAACCUCCUAAAGAACCAAAAGAGGGAGGAACCCCACGGCGUAAGAGCAAGUCCAAAAAGAAGACUGCUGCUGAGCAGGAAGCAGCAGCAGCGCAGGUGCCAUCAGCAGAUGUUCAGGGUCCUGCAGCUCCUUUGGCAGAAACAGCCCCUGAACAAACCGAAGGAAGUAGCACAGUUGAUGCAGCUGUAGCAGCGGUAGCAGCAGGGACAUGUACACCAGUUCCGUCAACUGCUGAUGGGCAGUUGCCAACAGAUGAAGUGAAAGCAGAGGGAGAGACUGCCCAGCCUGCAGAAGAAGGCAAAACGCCGAAAAAGAAGUCUAAAGAAAAGAAAGAGAAAAAAGAACCAAAAACGCCAAAGGAAGGAACACCUAAAGCACCGAAGGCACCAAAGAAAAAACUUCCCAGGUUGUCUCUCAAGUUCAGCAAGAAGAAGAAGCGCAAGCGGCUGGGCUCUUCAGACAAGUCCGAUUUGGAAGGCACUCCGCCUCCAUCUCCCGAAGAAGGCGAUGGAGGUGUGCAGAAGCGACGUUCAUCGCGGAACACCCACAGGAAGAAGUACACUGAUGACAUUGAACUGCAGUUGAGUGGUGAUGAGGCUGCUUUGGAUGGUCUGCAUACUUCCCACGCUGUUCGAGGGCAGGAAACCAAGAAUGUCCAAGUUCUGGUCAAUGUUGUCACUGAAGACACCAUGGUUGUUGAAAAAAUCUUGGCUUCUCGAAUGGCCACCAGGAAAUCUGAAGAGGAGGACAAGGAACCUGUGGAUGUUGAGGAGUUUUUUGUGAAGUAUAAGAACCUUUCAUACAUUCAUUGUGACUGGAAGACUCUGGAAGAGUUGGAGAUGACUGAUAAGCGUGUGCUGCAGAAAGUGAAGCGUUUCCGUCAAAAGAAGGACAACAUCAAUUCAAUCUUUGACUUCCUUGAAGACGAGCCCUUCAACCCUGACUAUGUGGAGGUAGAUCGGAUCUUGGACAUGACAGAGACUGUAGACCCCAUAGAAAAUGAUGAUGCAAGUCAAGCAGAUGUCAAAGAUGAGAAGCCAACAACUAAGACUGAAGAAAACGUUGCUGAAGAUGAACGAAAGGCAGAACCAAUGGAUACUACUGACCCUGUGGAGCAGAAUGGAGAUGGGCAGGAGUGCAAGGUGCAUAAACAAGCAGAAACCCAAGGAGCAGGGGAUAAUAAUGAAGAAAAUGAUGCGGGAGAGGAUAAAAAUGAAGAACCUCAAAAUGGCACUUCUGAGCCAGUGGAAGAAGCCAAGAAAGAAGACAGUGGUGGUGCCUCUGAAAUUUCGAGUGCACCAGCAGCUGCCGGGGAAGGCCCUGAUAAUAGCAUGUGUGAAGAUGAGACAAUUUCUCUUGAACAGCAGCCAAUCAAAAAGGAACUACCUGACGAGGAGAUGCCGGACGAGGAGGUGCCUGACAGCGUAAUACCAGAGGCUGACACUGUAAAGCCAGAGGAUGACAGUGUGUUUGAGGACAAUGCUGCAACUACGCCUGUCAAGUCUGAUGGCCUUUUGGAACCAAAGGAAGAAAAGGCUGAGCAGGGCAAGGCAGGCAGUAGUGACGAGUCUGACAGCUGCAAGCCAAAGCCAGCACGCACCACACACAAGCACUAUUUAGUCAAGUGGAGAGGUCUCUCUUAUGAGGAAAGCACAUGGGAGUUGGAAGAAGAUGUGGAUCCACUAAAGGUUGAGCACUUUCUGAGAUUUAAAGACCCGCCCCCUAAGGAGAAGUGGAAAGUGAAGAAGCGGCCUAAGCCUUCUGAGUGGAAGCAGAUAGACGAGUCACCGGUCUACAAAGGAGGGAACACAUUGAGAGAGUAUCAACUUGAGGGUCUUAGUUGGCUGACCUUCUGCUGGUACAAUGGACAAAACUGUAUAUUGGCUGAUGAAAUGGGCUUGGGGAAGACUAUACAGUCAUUGACCUUCAUCAACGAAAUAGUGAAAUAUGGUAUCAAUGGACCAUUUCUUGUGAUUGCUCCACUUUCAACUAUUGGCAACUGGCAGAGAGAGUUUGAAACAUGGACUGAGCUAAAUGUUAUCACCUAUCAUGGAUCGUCAGCAAGUCGCAACAUGAUCCAGGAGUAUGAAAUGUACUACAAGGAUGAAAACGGGCAGCGCAUUACUGACGUGUUCAAGUUCCAAGUGAUGAUUACGACAUUCGAGAUAGUGCUCAGUGAUUGCUUGGAGUUGCAGGCACUCCCGUGGCGUGCCUGUGUGAUUGAUGAGGCCCACAGACUGAAGAAUCGAAACUGCAAGCUUCUAGAAGGGCUCCGAAUGCUCAAUCUUGAGCACAGCGUUUUGCUGACUGGAACCCCAUUGCAAAACAACGUCGAAGAGUUGUUCAGCUUGCUGAAUUUCUUAGAGCCUAGCCGUUUCAGCUCCACUGAGACAUUCAUGGAGGAGUUUGGAGACCUGAAGACUGAAGGGCAGGUCGACAAGCUCAAAGCGUUGCUCAAACCCAUGAUGUUACGUCGUCUCAAAGAGGAUGUUGAAAAGAGCCUGGCUCCUAAGGAAGAAACCAUCGUUGAGGUGGAGCUGACUAACAUCCAGAAGAAGUACUAUCGGGCCAUUUUGGAACGCAAUUUUGCCUUCUUGACAAAAGGUGGAGUGGGCACAAAUGUCCCGAAUCUCAUGAACACCAUGAUGGAGCUACGAAAAUGCUGCAUUCAUCCUUACCUAAUCAAAGGGGCAGAGGAGCAGAUCCUACAGGAGUACCGGCUUCAGCAUGGCGACUCCUUGGACAUGACACUCAAUGCAUUGGUUCAAGCAUCUGGGAAGCUGGUUCUGCUGGACAAACUACUUCCUAAGCUUAAAGACGGUGGCCAUCGCGUGCUUGUUUUCUCGCAGAUGGUGCGCUGUCUGGACCUGCUUGAAGAUUACCUUGUCAACAAAAGGUAUCCCUAUGAGCGAAUCGAUGGGAGGGUUCGUGGAAACCUUCGUCAGGCUGCCAUUGAUAGGUUUUGCAAACCAGACUCCGACAGAUUUGUGUUUCUGUUGUGCACACGAGCAGGCGGCUUGGGUAUCAAUCUCACCGCAGCUGACACUGUUGUCAUUUUUGACUCUGAUUGGAACCCACAAAAUGACCUUCAGGCACAAGCUCGUUGCCACCGAAUCGGACAAUCAAAAGCUGUGAAGGUGUAUCGUCUCAUCUGUCGUAACACGUAUGAACGAGAAAUGUUUGAUAAAGCCAGCCUGAAGCUUGGUCUGGACAGGGCAGUCUUGCAGUCAAUGAACUCUCAAAAAGAGAGUGUUGGAAUGAAUCAGCAGCUCACUAAGCAAGAAAUUGAAGAUCUGCUUCGCAAGGGUGCCUAUGGUGCCAUUAUGGAGGAUGAUGCAGAUGGCAACAAUUUCUGUGAAGAAGACAUUGAUCAAAUUUUGUUGCGUCGCACGCACACCAUCACCAUAGAGUCUGAAGGGAAAGGUUCUACAUUCUCUAAGGCCUCCUUUACUGCUUCAUCCACGCGCAGUGACAUAGAAAUUGAUGAUCCCAACUUUUGGGAGAAGUGGGCCAAGAAGGCAAACUUGGAUGUGGAUGAGCUGAAAGGCAGAAAUGAGCUAAUCUUGCAAGAACCUCGGAGGCGCACUCAGACCAAGCGUUUUGGGACUGAUGACAACAUGCUGGACUUGUCAGAACUGGAGUCUAGCGAUGAGGAUGAUGAUACAGGUGUCCGCACUCGAGGAAGCCGGCGUUCACGUCAUCGGGAUUCGCCUAUAAUUGGCGGUCGAGCACGCCGAGGUGGUCGAGCUAACCGUGGUUUCUGUGAGGAUGAGUUCUUGGGUGAUAUUGCACCUGGAAACUGGACACGCACUGAGUGCUUCCAAGUGGAGAAAGGAUUGCUCACUUUUGGUUGGGGCCGUUGGGAAGAGAGCAUAGCGAUUGGGCUUUGGCGACGGCGAGUCACGCCAAAAGAUGUGGAGGACAUCUCCAGGGUUGUGCUCUUAUACUGUUUACGGCACUACAAGGGUGAUGAGAAGAUCAAGGGCUUCAUUUGGGAUCUGAUUGCACCGUCUGAAGACGGCGAGACCAGAAUCCACAAAAAUCACUCGGGUUUGUCAGCACCUGUGCCAAGAGGGCGCAAAGGCAAGAAGCUUAAGAAUGGUAAAGGGGAGCCUGAUUCACCUGACAUGUUGGCUGACUGGGCUCGGGAUGACCAGUACAACCCUGACCUCCUCCUCUGUGAUGAUGGCUAUCGUAAGCACUUGCAUCGGCAUGCGAACAAGGUUCUCCUGAGGGUUCGCCUUCUCUACUACCUGAAACAUGAAAUUAUAGGAGAUUUGCACCAGCAAGUAUUUGCAGGAGUACCAGCCAGGGAUAUUCCUAUUCCACCACCAGCAGCCGAUGGGGAACCUCCAGCUCCUUGGUGGGACGAAGAUGCUGACAAGUCCCUUUUGAUAGGGGUGUACAAACAUGGUUAUGAAAGGUUUAACCUGAUGCGUCAAGAUCACACCUUGUGUUUUCUGGCACGAUGUGGCCCUCCCGAUGGUGCCGCCCUUCUUGCAGAAAUGACAGCGAAUCCUGAGGACCUAGAAGACAAGCGCGAAGAAGGAAAGAAGGACCUUGAUGAAGAAGAGCCUGUCUCUCCUGAGCCGUCUACAUCGUCAGAGGCGAAACCACCUUCGGAGUCUUCGGAGCAAGUGGCACCAACUGUCGAACAGCCUGCACCCAAUCCUGCUGGGCCCACUGCUGCUGCACCUCAAGCGCCAGGUGAAAUAGGCACUUUGGAAUUCCCUUCUCCUUCCGACUUGAACACACGCCUUCGGCGCAUCAUUACCAUGUACCAAAGGAACCACAAAAAAAGGGAGCUCAUCAAUGCUCAGCGUGCAAGGAACACAGCCUACCAGAUUUUAACGGCUAUUCAGGUGGAGGGUUUUAACUUUGUAAAUCGAAUGGAAAGAAGAGAGAAGUUUGAAGCUGCCAUUCGUGAGAGGGAAAUACGUAGACUUGAAACUCAGCAGAGGUGGUCAAGACGAGAAGAAGCAGAGUUCUAUCGAGCAGUGUCUUGUUACGGUGUGGACUAUCGGCGCCAGGAGCAGCGCUUUGUGUGGGAUGGCUUUCGUACAGUAGGCCGCCUUGAGCGCAAACGAGAUGACACUUUGACCGAGUACUUCCGUGCAUUUCGUGCGAUGUGCCGGCGUGUAUGUGGGCGCAAGCUAGGCGAGGAAGAUGAGAACCUGCAGUACGUUGUUGAGCCAAUAUCUGAAGAGAGAGCCACACGCUGUUUGCAACGUAUUGAGCUGCUGAGUAAAAUAAGGGAAGAGAUUCUGCCACAUCCUGAACUGGAUGAGAGGCUGAAACUGUGUCAGCCUUCUAUGGACCUUCCAGACUGGUGGAUAUGUGGACGGCACGAUAAAGAUUUGCUCAUUGGUGCAGCUAAGUAUGGCUUAAGCAGAAUGGAUUAUCAUCUGCUAAAUGAUGGAGAACUCUCUUUCCGGGAAGUUGUUCGUGCGCAGUCUGCAUCCAAACCUCCUGUGAUGAUUGUUGGCCACCAUGGGCACCCUUUCCCUCUGGCACCUACUACAGUGGAUGUUGCAGUGCCAACCAUAUUAAAAGCAGCGGCUGACAGCGACCUAGAAGUGUGCCCAGAGAUGGUUACUCAAGCUGCUAUUCUUCCUCAGGCAGUUGACACUAAGGUCAACAAUUCGACAGCAAAUGAGAUGCCUGCCUGUGAAACUUCGGGGGAAGCUGAAAAGUUGCCUCUUAGCGAGGAGAGUGUAUUACAAGUGGCAAAAACACAGGAUGAAGAUGCUGUCCAGCCGGAAGCUGUAAAUGUCAAGUCUGAAGAAGCCGGCUCACCCAAAGUUUCUUUUCAAGAAGAUGAGACAUCAGACAAAGAAGAGCAUAGCCAGAAAUCUCCGGAACAUGAAGAGCAUUCUAAGAAAAACAAUAUUGAAGAGAAACUUGUGCACGCGGUGGAAGGCAAUGAAGUAAACAAUGAGAUGGCACUUGUAGCUGAUGAGCCUUCCGAAGUUCGGGCUUUAGAGCAUCCAUUUGAGGAAAGCAGUACAAGGGAACAGCCUGUUGAACUAGAUGAGCUGCCUUUAGAACAACCAAAGAAAAGUGAAGAAAAGAGUGUGGACGUUGUUCCUGAAAAACAAGAUGAACCUGAUAAAGUUCUUUCUGAGCCUACUGGGGUUGAAACAACAGAAGGAAAGUCGGUGGACAUAAAUGAUGUUGAACCCAAAGAUGAGGAACCCCAGAAGACAAUUACUGCUGAAGAGAGCCAACAGGAGCAGCCUGCUUCUUCUGACAACUCUAUUGUGCUGGGUGCCUCGUCUGUGUCACUAGGGUUCACACCAUUGGAGAUGUCUGUGCCAGGAGUUGUGCCUCCACCGCCUAUAGAAGAUGACAAUUCAAAGACUGAUGUUGAAAAGACUGAUACGGAGCAAGACCCUGUUGAAAUGGUUCCUAGUGGCACAAAAAUGCCUCUCUCUGGAUUUCCACCAUUCCGUGUUCUUACUCCUCAGUUGACUGAAGAAUCUCAGGAAGCAAAUUCACAGCAAGAUGACGUUUUAAGUCAAGAGAGUUUCAACUUGGAUGGAGAAGGUGGAACAGAGCCACCAGUUGUACACUUCAUGGCUCACUCCACUCGCAAUCCUGUUCGGUGGCCAAAGAGCACUCCCCAUUAUUGCAUCCUUCAUAGCCCAGAGUACAACUUUCAGAUGGACAAAGUACUUCAGAUUCGAUUGGAAUACAUUGUACAUGCUGUGGAGAAAAAGGAGUGGCCAGUACCUCGCCAAGGUUUCACCUUGUUGCCAGCUACUCCAACAGAGUCUCCUUCAUCACCUGUGGCCUCAUCAGUGGCAUCUGGCUCUGAACAAACCCUGCAUGCCACUCCUGAGCACAUAUCCACUCCUGUGAUCAUACGAGAGCAGCACCCUCCACCACCUCCACCACCACCACCGCCACCACCACCACCCCCACCCCCUCCUCCACCUCCUCCACCUCCACCAGUUAUCCUUCCUGACAUGACAGCAAGACUUUCCCCAGCACUUGUGACACCGUGUGUGGCAGCCACUGCAGCAGGCAUUGCAGUGUCAACUGCUGUCAGCUCGUCAGUGGAUAUGCCUCCAGUUGUGUCUGUGCCUGCUGGUCACCAUAGUCCUAUCCCACCAUUACCGAACGAUGACUUGCUCAUAGGCACAAGGCGGAGAAGAAGGAGACGAAGGUUCGAAAUAGAGGCAGAGAGAGCCAAGCUACGAGCACUUCUGUCCCAUAACUUGCAACAGCAGCAACUGAAGCAACUCCAGCAGUUUCUGGCACCCCCUCCACCACCCAGCACCAGCAGCCUAUCCAGCACACUAGCCACGGCCACAUCCAGCAUGAGCACAGUGGCCCCAAGCAUACCAGCCAGUGUGGUGGCCACUGCAGCCGCUGCCGUUGUCACUGCAUCCACAGUAACAACCCCUCAGCCGGCGCACCGUGAAGAGGCAAGCAAGGCUCCCCCACCACCACCUGCUCACCAGGGUUCAUCGUCGGUGCGGGGAGGAGGACCACCGGCCAGUGCGCUGGGCAUGCUGGAUCUGCGGGUCAAAGCAGCACCUACGCCGCCACCUGCCAAGGCCAGCACACCAGCCCCACCUUCCGAGGAGCCACCCAUGGACUUGAGUUCAGGGGGCUCAGUGCCUGCCACAACGUCAAAUUUAUGUGCAGCAGCUACCAUGGUGCCGUCAGUGCGAUCGGCGCUGCUCAAUGGGGCUGUGGCAGCCAGUCGGGGGCGGGGAGGCGGGCGGGGGCGGCGUUCUGGUGGCAGUCGCAUCGAUGCCUUGGCCCUCAACCUGCAAGCGCGCAAACAGCAGCAGCUGCGUGAGGAGCAUAAGCAGCCAGGCUCGAGUGCAGAUGAGAGGGAAGAUUCAGAUGCCUCAUCCACCACCUCAGCUCCAGCCGUGCCCCCACCGGCACCAAUGGCGCUCCCUAUGUCAGGUGGAAAGCUGCAUGUAGAUGAAAAGGAGUUGGAGCGGCUGCUGGCAAGAAAGAGCCGCCACGAGGAGCCUCCGAAAUCCCACAAAACCACUGCAGUGCCCUUGUCUCUGUCUUCUAUGCUGUCAUCAAGCGUUAUGCCUCAUGGUGCAGACGUUCCCAGCAGCAGUCGACAAGUCAGGGACAUCCCCAGUCUGAGCAGCGUGGCUACUAGCCUCCCUGGCGCGAACAAGGCUGUGGAUUCUCGCGGUGGCUCUUCAGCCCUUCAGCAACAGCAGCAGCAGCAGCAGCAGGCGGCAGAGCAGGCCUCGGCGGCAGCAGCCAUGCACCAGGACCUCAAACGUUGGCUGGAUGACCAUCCUGAGCUGAUGGCCAGCCAUCCGAGUCUGACAGCCGCCGCAGCGGCCAUGGCCUUUUCGCCCAUGCCCUCUCUGUCGAGCCAUCAGCUGGAGUUGCUCGAGUUGCCCGAGUCAAGGCGAAGGGGCAGGAGACCUCGGUUGGACCCUAGCAAGCUGGAUCCGCACUGCCUCACCGGAGAUGAGAAUGUCUCUGUGAUCAAUCGGCUGACCGGGAAGAAGAUCACUGGAAGCAAGGCACCUCCUCUGAAGCACCUUGCCGAGUGGUUAGAGAAAAACCCGAUGUUUGAUGUUGAUCCGAAAUGGUCGCAGCUUGUCAAGGAACGGAGGUGGUUGCAGCAGGCAAAACAAAACGAAGAUGCGAAGAACCAGAUGUCUCAGUCAACAUCUGCAAGGCGCAAACGUGGUCAUCUUCCGGAUAUGCCGAAGGAGCGCAUGGCAGUCCCCGAGAGCAAGCGCGGCAGGAGGACGGCUGCGUCCCUCUUGUCGAGCCUGCAUCAGUCUGGGCUCGGGGGAGCCUCCUCAUCUUCUGGUGGCGCGGCGAACCUCGGGUUUCCCUCUACCUCCGCCCUGAACCCUCUGAGCUUCAGCAGCAGCAUGCUGGGAAACUUUCCAGGGCUCAAGUUUUUCAUGGAGCCCGGCAAGUCGUCAGCAGCCGUGACAUCCCCAUCAACGUCAUCAGCCACACCCCCUCUCUUUUUGCCCUUUGGCGGCCUGGCAGGCAUGGGAUUGGCCAAUCCUCUGUUCAGCUUCCCCGGCCUGGGCUUCCAAGGCCUGCCCUUUGAGGAGGCCAAGGAAACCAAGGCCCAAGAUGGUGAGCGGGCCCCCAGCAAGGAGCGCCAUAGCAAGGGUACCCCCAGCAGCAGUGCCAGCAGCAGCACAAACCUUCCCACCUCGUCAGCCAGCUUAGCCUCCACCUCUUUUCCUUUCCUGUACCCCUCAGGACUGCUCUACAAUCCCUUGGGCCUGGGUGGCUUCUCGCUACCCACCAACAUGUCAGCCUCGUUUGCCUCUCUGGCCCAGGCAGGCCUGGUGAAUGGCCUCGGGGGGCUGGGUAGUGUCAUCUCAUCAGCGGCGGGCAAGGCCCCUUCAGCAUCCCUGGCCAGCUCAAGGCGGCCUGCUGCCCCCUCGGUCACAUCUGCCCUCGGGGCUGGCCUGCGCAGCAGUGUGCUUCCUCCUCCACCAUCCACCGCUACUGCCCGCCGGCCAGCACCCAUACCCCCACCAACCCUUGACUCUGAUGAUGAGAGUCUCAUGGGCAAUGACAUGGACGACCUGGAUGAUCUCGAUGACCGCGACAACUCAGAUGAGCUCGAUGAUGAACCAGACCACAAGCGGCCACGUGAGGAGCGGUCCAGCAAAAAGCCAGAAGCACCACCCCAUGACAAAGUUGCUUCAUAGCUGGCCACCAUGGACAUUAACUUGGGGUCUGGCUUGGGAGGCACCUCUGGGUUUCUCUUUUGUACUCUGUUGUAUUUAUGGUUGGUCACUGGAAAGACUCGCAUUUGGUUGAAACCUCUCUCCUGUAUGGAUGCUGCACCUUUGUUCUUCAUUUAUAUGCCUUGUUCGUUGUAUUUAGUUUAUCGGUUUGAACAGGCCUUUUAAUUAUUUCUCCUCUC